GAUGGAGAUGCUGAGGAGACACAAGAGUGCAACUCGGGAGUUUCCUGUCCAGAUGCUGACGUCGAUGCCUGUGAUCCCAGCCCAUGUGUCUCCAUGGCGACCUGUGACGACGCUCUUGGUGACGGAAGCUUGGUUAAUUGUCACUGUCCAACCGGCUACGAGGGGGAUGGAUAUGAGAACGGCGACGGUUGUACAGACAUCGACGGCUGCUCUGUCAACCCGUGUGUUGCCAUGGCGACCUGUGAAGACGUUCCAGCUCCCGGCACCGGGGCGACUUGCAGUUGUCCAACCGGUUAUGAAGGGGAUGGACUUAAAAACGGCGAUGGAUGUACAGACAUCGAUGGCUGCUUUGCCUCGAACAACCCGUGUGUUUCCAUGGCGAUCUGUGAAGACGUCGCGGCUCCCGGAACCGGAGCAACUUGUACCUGUGGAGCCGGGUAUGUGGGGGAUGGAGAGUCGGACGGAACUGGGUGUUCAGACAUCGACGGCUGCUCUUCCAACCCGUGCGUUUCCAUGGCGACCUGUGAAGACGUCGCGGCUCCCGGAACCGGAGCGACUUGUACCUGUGGAGCCGGGUACGAGGGGGAUGGAGAAUCGAGCGGGACUGGGUGUUCAGACAUCGAUGGCUGCUCUUCCAACCCGUGUGUUGCCAUGGCAACCUGUGAAGACAUCGCGGCUCCAGGAACAGGGGCCACCUGUACAUGUCCGGCCGGGUACGGAGGAGAUGGAGAAUCCAGCGGAACCGGAUGUACAGUCCUCAGCUGUCAUCAACAAAACCCUCGCUUCCCGACGGACACAUUUGGUGUCUACGACGGCCGUUGCCAUUGGUACUCCAUGACCAGAGCUAACUUCGCCGGUGCCGAGACAUUCUGCAACAGUCGCAACGCCAGGCUUCUUAUGAUCAAGGACUCUGUCAAGCAUCAUUGGCUUGGAGAUGUCUUUUUCAACAACCUGCCAGGAAGGAAAUAUUGGAUUGGAUUGGACGACCGUGGACGUGGCAACGAGAAUAAGUUCAAGUGGAGCGACGGUUCGGCUUUCGACGUCGCAAGCGACUACAGCAACUGGCGCAGCCGUGAUAACCCACCGAGACGUCACCAGCGCAGGGACUGUGUUGCUAUCAGACGCCUUGGCAAGAAGUGGGUUCUGGACAAGUGCAAGAAACAGUUCCACUUCAUCUGUGAAAUACCUUAAACACAUCGCCUGAUUCACUGUCGCCGCCGCAGAAGACAGGCUCGGCUGAGCAGACAGAUUCGACAGCGAAAACAACACUUUCGUCAUCACCUGCACCAGUGUAUUGAUGACUAUUAAGUACAUGCAAAUUGCUUGAGUUGAGAGUCUUGUAUAUAGUCAUCAAUAUUCUGAUGUAACCUGAGAGAAAAUGCCUUAAAAGCAAUGUGGCACCAAUGCUUCAAUAUGCAGCUGAGCUUAAAGCAAAACCAUUAUAAGGAAGGUCCUGUAUGCACGCUCUUGAAUCUUACUAAUUAUUCUUUCCAGUCCGGCUGGACAUGAAUGUAUGAGUUAAUGAAAUGAACGAUUAAUUGAUUAAUCAAUUAUUGCACUUUAUUGCUCGACAAUCGUACAUUUACAAUCUAUAGCAACAACCGUUUACCAAAAAUAUACUGUAAGGCUAAACUAUUUUGCAUCCGAUAUAAUAAAAAAAUGGUAUAUGGGUUUAAUAAAUCAUUUAGUCUUGCUUUGGAAUGAAGUAAAAAGAAAGUGUCAUAGUAUCUGGACGAAUAUAGAACAGUAGAAUGUAGAAACUAUCACUAAGUGUUACUCUAACAGUACCAGAUAGAGUGAAGUGUGCCUUAUUGACAAUAAUCACAUAUUCAUAGUCUUUCCAAAUUGGUGUUAAAGUCUAAGAUCUGAGAUAUGCAUAGAGAAUGUUUGGAUAUGCGCAUCAGUUGAGCUUAGGUUAAUAUCAGAUUCUAUUAUUGUAAUUAGGGAUCUAUAGUCAGUACAUAGUGGCUUGAUUUAUAUUCAUGUAAUCAUCUAUUAUUUCAGCUGCAAUGUAAAGCUAUUUGGUUAAUGUCAUUAGCGAUGGACUCACUUGUCUUAUUAAUAUAUUGAUAUAGGUGACAUUAAUACAACACAAUACUAGUAAUAUAGGUGACAUGUUAAGACUGAUUGUUACAAACUUUUCUCCACAUUCGAUAUAGCUUCCAAACGAAAGAAAGCAUAAACUUAGGAGUAAUGCGACACAAUUCUUGAUUUGUUUAUGUGCGUGCUUUCCUACCUAUUGCACUUGCUUCAGAAAGAUGUUUAUAUCAUUAUUCUUAGCAAUUAAAGUACGUGCAGGGAUAAGGAACAAUACUCAGAUUUGCACGGAUAAGUCUAGAUAUCUUAAUUGCACGAUUCGACGGUGGUACUCAAACACACAUAGGGUAUUUUGCAGUAUACAGGCCAUGUUGGUUUAAUUAUAUGGAUGGCAUCAUCGCGCUCUUCAAUUUGCGAGUUUAAAACAAUCGAACAUGAUAGAAAUCAACUGCAAAUGAGAAAAUGGCUGUCGUAAAUUGCACACAAAAAGUCGAAAAACGGAUACCGAUGAUGUAGGAUGCCAGACAAUUACAAAGUCAAUUAAUUAUUAAAAAGGCGAAAAAGAAAAAAAAAACACGAAAAUACCAUACUCUCUGUAUUCAAUAGUUCAACCUCCAUCCCCGCUUAGAUUUCAUAAUGUAGGACAUUGUUUUGGCCAACGCUCGCAACAUAUCAGUUCUUAGGCCCCCAGGGGGUAUAAUACAUAUAUAAUCAUUUCAACAUGAUACAUCUGUUGCGCAAUAAAGAUUAAUUGAUUAACAUGCAUAGCCUAAAAUGGAUUAAAAAUUAAGUAAACUACGUCUACUACACGGUACUAGUCACCAUCAGUAAAAAUUUCAUGCAAUUCUGUAUUUAGUAUUUAGUUAUUCAGUUUUAUGCCAUAGGAGACUUCCGCCUGGCUAUUCUUCAUAUCUAACAUUUAAUGAUCAAGACCAAAAAAAAUAUGCCUUGGUGUGCAACUAUGGGAAUAAAAGUGAGGUCACAA